GCACCAAUGUAAAACACCAAAGUUGAGGUAUUGAUAUGUAAAUAUAUAAGAAAUAUGUGGUAUGUAUGAAAAUGCACCACCCCCCACCCCCCCUUCUCUCCUUCAUCUCCUUCAAACCAAACCAAGCCUAAAAUCUCCUGCCGCUUCAUCCGGCAUCAGAUAAGACAUCCCCAACCACCAUGAAAGCGAUCUCUCUCAACUUCUCAGGCAUCAUAAAGCUCUGAAAUCCUCACCCUCCUUCUCGCUGAAACAAACCCCCCAUCGCCAUGGAAGAAGAAUUCAGCUUCCCAGCCUUUGCAGCAGAUCAGCAGAAACUCUCCACUUACCCUUCCUCCCCCUUCCCCUCCCCUCUCUUCUGCCUCCUCCCCACUCCUCCCAACCCUAAAUCCCAAGUCCUCCAAGACUACCAGCGAAGCAGAAGCUUCUCAUGCCUGGAAGAUCUGAAGCUCAGAGACGAACGGAACUCCAAUGAUGAGGAGAAGAUGGAUAUGCUGUGGGAAGACUUCAAUGAGGAGCUCAGCCAGAUUUCCAGCCAUGGAAAAGCUGGAGUGGAUUCCUCUAAAUUGGAGGGGAAGAAGAGCCGUGGUGUAAGAGAACUCUCUUGUGUGAAAUCUGUUAAUCAUCAGAGGUCCGGACUCGUGAUGAUUUUCAAUGUGUUUAAGAAGCUGAUGUUUGUGCAGAAGAACAGGAAGAAGAGAACUUCUUCAUCUCUUUAUCACAUGUAGUACAGACUCAUAGAUUAUCUCAAAUUGCUGUGUAAAUGGAUUUACAAAAUAUAU